GCGCUGCUGGCUGCCCAGUGAUCAUCCAGGAAGAUGAGCGCCUGUGGGAGGAAGGCCCUGACCCUGCUGAGCAGCGUCUUUGCUGUCUGUGGCCUGGGCCUGCUGGGCAUUGCGGUCAGCACCGACUACUGGCUCUACCUGGAGGAGGGCAUCAUUCUUCCCCAGAACCAGAGCACGGAGGUCAAGAUGUCCCUGCACUCAGGCCUCUGGCGGGUCUGCUUCCUCGCUGGUGAGGAGCGAGGACGUUGUUUCACCAUAGAAUAUGUGAUGCCCAUGAACUCCCAGAUGACGUCAGAAUCCACAGUCAAUGUGCUAAAGAUGAUUCGCUCAGCCACCCCGUUCCCACUGGUCAGCCUCUUCUUCAUGUUCAUCGGCUUCAUCCUGAGCAAUAUCGGGCACAUCCGUCCUCACCGGACCAUACUGGCCUUUGUCUCUGGAAUCUUCUUCAUCCUCUCAGGCCUCUCUCUUGUGGUGGGCCUGGUGCUCUACAUCUCCAGCAUCAACGACGAGAUGCUCAACAGAACCAAGGAUGCCGAGACCUACUUCAACUACAGAUAUGGAUGGUCAUUUGCCUUUGCAGCCAUCUCCUUCCUUUUAACUGAGAGUGCUGGAGUGAUGUCUGUGUACCUGUUCAUGAAGAGGUAUACUGCUGAGGACAUGUAUAGACCUCACCCAGGCUUCUACCGGCCACGGCUGAGCAACUGUUCCGAUUACUCUGGCCAGUUUCUGCACCCAGAUGCCUGGAUCCGUGGCCGCAGCCCCUCGGACAUCUCCAGCGAUGCCUCCCUACAGAUGAACAGCAACUACCCAGCUUUGCUCAAGUGCCCAGACUACGACCAGAUGUCAUCAUCUCCCUGCUGAGCUUUAGCCUUCUCCCCACCUAAACUUUGGGUGGCUGGACAGCCUUUCCCCUUUCCCUCUGAGCCAAGGCCCAGGCCAUUCCCUGCUUAGCCAUUGUUACUUGACCACAUCCUAUCCCUGCUCCCAGAGUAACUCAUCCUUCAGUGAGCAUCAGAGCCUGGAGUUCAGAGGCAUGCUGAUUGGCUGAGAGUGUGAGUGAAGUCCUGCCUCUAGAGUGCCAAUCAUAGCCAUGGGCUCCUAGGAAGCCAGCAGCACCCCGUGCUGUGCUGUGCCGGAAGAUGCCUAUAUUCUAGUUGUGUUUUCUUCCUGCACUUCCGGGUCAGCCAAGGCCAGGCUGGAGUUGCCGAGUUUCUGAUACAGACAAAGCCAGACUUGAGUGCUUGCCAACAGGCCUGGCUCUCCCUCCGUGAACUGGACUGUGAAGCCAAAAGGUGACUCUGCCCCAGUGGGGCUGGCUGGCUCAGAACUCUCAAACAAACAGAUCCUUUCAUGUUGCUGGCCUCACUCUACAAAACACAUCUCUCUGUGUAACACUGCCCUCAAGGCUCUGGACCAGUCCCGACUCUCACCGUUCCAGAACACAGCUGCCCUGGUCAGGGACUAAGGUAAGUAUUCAGCGGUGCCAAUGACGUCACAAAGGUGUUAAUGGCUGAAGAUGUCUUAAAUACAUGGCCCCUUGAUAAGCUGUUUCAUGGGGGCUUUUGAUGCCUUAACCCGAAGAAGUGACUGAUGAUGAAAACUCAAGAGUUUGACAGUUGUGUAUUCA